AUGCAGAUUCUAUUUGUCAAUUUUGGCUUAUUCUUUCAGUCAACCUGUAUUGUAUUCACACAACUCUUUUCUUUGAUACUAUAUCCAUUCUCAUAUAAACUCUAUCGUCAGUUUAUUUCAUACACCAUGAGAAUGUGGUCUCAAAAUUUAAUUGCCUUGGUGGAACUAUUUGCACCCUCUGAAUACGUGUUGACCUUUGACAAGAGCUGUGGACCAGUACAAGAUAUUUUACAGUCUGAUGACUCAAAUCAUAUUACAGGCUUACAUCUUCCAGAAAGAAUGAUUGUCAUUGCAAAUCAUCAAAUUUAUGCUGACUGGAUUUAUAUUUGGGGUAUUGCACAUUUAGCAGGCGCACAUGGUGCAGUGAAAAUUAUUUUGAAGAAAAGUUUAGAAUAUUUACCCAUUUAUGGAACGGGAAUGAAGUUUUUUGACUUUAUCUUUUUAAAAAGAAAGUUGGCAUUCGAUAAGAACAAUAUUAUUAAUAACCUACAAAGAUCAAAAAGGCAUCAUCUGCCCAUGUGGUUAGUACUCUUUCCCGAAGGAACUGUCAUCUCCGACUGUACUCGUAAAAAAUCCAAAGAAUAUGCAGAAAAGAAUAACAUGAAAGAUAAUCGUUAUACCUUGCUACCAAGAUCAACUGGAUUAAGGUUAUGUACAACUGUUUUGGAAGAUAGCAUAGAAUAUGUGUAUGAUUUUACUAUUGGAUAUUCUGGCAUAAAGCCAAACGAGAUACCAGAAAAUGUGUUUACUAUCCAAAGCAUAUUUUUUUUUAAUCAAUAUCCAAAGCAAAUCCAUAUUCAUAUACGUCGAUAUCGGGUGGACUCUAUUCCAUAUCACAAUGAGCAGGAAUUCAACCAGUGGACCUUUGACAGAUGGGCAGAAAAGGAUCAACUGAUGGACACAUUCUAUCGAACAAGCUCAUUUGACGACAAUAGCGUCACUGUGCCUAUCAAAUUAAAGACCUCCAUCGUAGAAUUAGCUCAGAUUUGGAUCUUUAUGGUCCCUUACUUAUUCUUACUCAAGUUCAGCACGCAAUUGAAGUACGCAAUUUGCAACCUAUUCAAAUAA